AUGUCGACAACUCCCUCGGAAUCUGAGAUCAUCCAGGGUGAUCAGGAGGUUCAAGAGACUGAAAAAGUCCAACUUGAGGUCACCACCCGCCAUAUAGAGGCAAACCGAGUUAUUCGUGUCGCUUUUAACCAACUGCGAAUGGCGCUGCCGUGGAAGAACAGUGAUGGAGUCCCGACAAGACGAAAGAUUCUUUGGAGAGCAAUUGAGUACAUCCGUCAUCUUAACAAUCUGCUUGGAAAAUGA